AACUCAGCUUUACCUGCGCCCGCCGCUUUCUUCGUGCUUUUGCACGCUCGCGGAUCCGCGGUCGCGCCCUCGGCCAGCCAGUCGCGUGAUCGACUUCUCCGCGCCUCAUCUUCCUUUUUUGAGGAUUUCGUUGCUGGUGCGUUACAUCGCGACUCCUACUUACUCCUCCCUGAGGGACACCUUUCACGUGCUUCGCCUCUUCCUGUUGGGUCAUAUACGCCACCACGCACCCCAACAUCCCGCUUUUUCGACAACUUUUCUUAGCAAUAAAAGAGCACCGCCGGUUCCUUACACUUCCUCGAAGGGUUCCAAAUUUCGGUGUUUCAAUGACACCGAACCUGUUCCUCGCUACGCAAAAGGUCUUUUCGCCGCACAAAUGGUUCAAGAACUCCAGGGUCGAGCGCCCGACGAGGAGGACUGAGCACUGGGACCAUCCAGUCCCAGGUGUUUACGAGUAUAUCCCCGGUCGUGGAUGGUAUCUUGUUGCGACUCUCAAAGAUGCCCCUACCGACCUGUCCGAAGUCCCGCCAGAGGGAGCGCCUAUAUCACCCUUUCAGAUAAAGAACUCCAAGGAGAUGAUCAAGAUGACACCUCCCGUUCCGGUCAAGUAUUCGAAAGUUCUCAAGCGCUACCUCCUUGCUCCGGACUACGAGAUGCGGAAGAAGCAUGGCAAGAUCCAGGACGAUCGCGGAAAGCAGGUCGAAGUUGGCUUCUUCCAGCUAGAUGACGGCGUCGCAUGGGUGCAGGCAUGGGACGAAGAGGGCGAGUUCAUCCCCGGACCGUAUAAGCUCUGGUGCAUCGAUGCCCGCACCCACCAGUUCCGCCACAUGUUGAAGGGAGAUGAUCCGGAGUAUGUCCGCUCGCACCCCAACUCUCGCGCAAACUCCCGCACCAAUUCUUUCGAAAGAGAGCCGGAUGAACGACGUCGCAGUCGGAGUCAAGAAUCGAGAAGUACGCAAUAUCGAACCGGACCCGGCAGCACCCGCGAUGGACCCAGUGUGCCGAGCUCGCGGGCUACCAGCAUCAAAGGUCUCACGCCGUCGAAUCCGAGCUCAAAGCCCACAAGUCAAGCCAACUCGCGACGUACCAGUCCGACUCGUGGCCAACGCAGCCCGGGCCUCCGCAUGGAGGAGGCAAAGGCGGCGUUGAGGGAAGUCGCUCAGGAGCGAGCUGCGGCUGAGAAGGCACGCGCGGCAUCUGCGGAGAACGUCCAGCGUGGACGGUCUGAUGCCCAUCUCGCCGCUCCCGCCACUUGAGGUCAGAUGUAUGUCGCUGCUUGUCGCUGUUCUUUCGGUAGCACUGGUGCGACAUAUUGCGCAGGCGUUUGACGUGAGCAAUCCUUUGGACAACGAUCUACGUGGCGCUCUGCACGACCUCCCGGCACAGAUCCUUUCUACCCCCACUUUUAAUUGUUUCACUUGUUAUCUUUCCCUCACGGCCUUGAAGACGACUUUCCUAUCUUAUGGACGAGCGUAGCUCUACAUGGUCUCGGGGGUAUUUGUUCGGCUAGGGUCUACUUUUCCUUCCCUAUCGCGGCGUACGACGACAACGGAAACAAAAUUAGUACAGGGUAUACCCAAUCGUUAUAUGCAUAUGGAGGUUAAACGCGUUAUCUUAGAUGUACAGGGCGGAUAGCGCAGCAAUGCUAUUAUCUUCUUUGUUUC